AUGAUGCCGCUGGCCCCGCGCAUGCUGCUUCCUGUGGCUAUGACUGGGCGAUCUCUUGGUCGGUCGCAAUCGUCAACGCUGCAUCUCUUCCACAUUUAUCCGACGAUUCAUGACUAUCGAGUAAUGUCCGUCUUGUUAUCGCGCCGAGAAGCUCGUAGACAGAAAAGCGCUGUCCAGACGCCGAUGCUGCGACGAUCAAUGAGCCUAUCGCCACCGAGUGGGUCGGAGAAACAUGAAAAACGACAGAGGGAGAUGAAGGAAAAGACAGCAGCAAAGCUCUUGAGAGAGAAACUGAAGAAGGAUAUGGAUACGGCAAAAGGCCUCGCGAUGCAUCAAGUAAUCAACGUGCCGAACGUUAUCACAGCUGCCAGAAUUGUGGCUACGCCUUACCUAGCGUAUCUAAUUGUCCAAGGAGAUCACGUCUCAGCUAUCGGCUUGCUGGCAGUAGCGGGAGUUUCCGAUUGGUUGGACGGCUUUAUCGCGAGAACCUUCCGCCAGGAGUCCAUUGUCGGCUCGUUUCUCGAUCCCUUUGCGGACAAGUUGCUGAUUGGCACUUUGUCGUUUAGUAUGAUGUGGACGGGGUUGCUUCCGCUGCCUUUAGCUGCUCUUAUAUUGGGUCGUGACGGAAUGUUGAUCGGAGGCACAUUCUACCACCGUCUAAAGACGAAGGACGAGUCCUCAGGAGUUUUUGAUACAUCGGACAGCGGAGCGUUUCAAGUCAAACCGUCGAUCUUAAGCAAGGUGAACACAGCACUUCAACUAUCAACCUUUGGACUUGCGCUGACCAACGCUGCUUGGCAGAUGCCCCCCGACCUGGCGUUGAAUUUGCUGUUCGGCCUUGUCGGUACAACGACGUUUCUGUCAGGAUCUGAGUACUUGUAUGGAUAUAUUACAAAGACUGGUGCGUUCAAACCUCUACCAAAAGCUGUAGAGCGACCAAUCCGGAAGGCGGUGGAGCGGACCGAAGCAGUCCUUGAGCGCACCGAGGCUGUUGUCAAGCGCACUAAGGAAGUGAUAAGGCACCCUCUCGAAAAGGCGGUCCGACUUACAAAGGAGCGGCUGAAAAAGUAG